AUGCUACAUACAACAUGCAUCGCUUCUGCUGCAGGAACCAGGACUGCUUUCAAUAAUUCGGAGCAGGCCAUUUCCGAGGUGGUCAGACUGGGGGCCGGGACACACCAGUCAUCAGCGUCGCAAAGGAAUUCUACCGUGCUAUCCCCCAGCACCUAUUGGGACCAAUAUCAGGAUAUCACCAAAUCAAAUGCCCACCUGAGCGUGGCAGAGAGACUGUGGGCCGCAUGGUAUGCGUGGAUGCAGAAUGAUGUCCUGGCCACCGGCAUCAUGUCCUUCGCCAUCCACGAGUUGUUCUACUUCGGCCGCUGUCUUCCGUGGAUCUUUAUUGAUAGCUUCGGUUUCUUCAAAAAAUACAAGAUUCAAAGUAGCAAAGUACCUUCAUUACGCGAGCAAUGGGAUUGCGCCAAGUUUGUGCUUCUGAGCCACUUCACCGUCGAACUUCCUCAAAUCUGGCUUUUCCACCCAAUGGCCCAGUUCUGCGGUCUAUCAACAUCAAUUCCUUUUCCGUCUCUCUGGACUAUGGCAUAUCAGAUCGCAAUCUUUUUCGUGAUGGAGGACACUUGGCACUAUUUUUGCCACCGAGCUUUCCAUUGGGGUCCACUCUACAAGACUAUUCACAAAGUUCACCAUCAGUAUUCCGCACCAUUUGGUUUAGCCGCCGAAUAUGCUUCUCCUAUUGAAGUGAUGAUUCUCGGCUUCGGGACUGUCAGCUCCCCGAUCCUCUGGUGUGCUCUCACCGGUGACCUGCAUAUCCUCACUAUGUAUAUCUGGAUUGUGUUGCGCUUGUUCCAGGCUAUCGAUGCCCACAGCGGCUACGAAUUCCCUUGGAGUCUUCACCAUUUCUUGCCUUUCUGGGCCGGCGCUGAUCAUCACGACCUCCACCAUGAGAAAUUCAUUGGGAACUACGCAAGCAGCUUCCGCUGGUGGGACUACCUCCUUGACACCGAAUACAGUCCGGAUGCCAUGAAGCGCCGAAGAGAGAAAAAGGUGAAGGCAGACAAGACACAAUGA